AAAUACUAGUUCUGGAUCCGAGCCAGCCCUGGUAUCCUGGAAUAUACUAAAACGUUACAGGCAUUACUAGGUUUCAACUUGCUGUUCGAAAUGCCGCAAUACGCUGGGCACCAGCCUGAGAGAAAACUGGAACCUGAACGUGAAGAGAGAAACCUCGAACACAUCCAGGCUUAGAGCAUGAAACUACGCUAUCUCGUUCUAUCUCCUCAAUCUCUCCACGGGAGCAUAAAACCACAUGAAACACCAUGCCUGUUCGAGGAUUCUGAUUCAACGGAGCAUCCCCCCAGAAUCACAGUUAAUGUGGCAACAAGGAUACUAUGCCGUAUUAGCUAUUGGACUAGGCAUUAUUGACAUUCACACAUACUACACUACCUGCACACUGCACCUGCAUCGCCACCUGGUACCAUUCUUGAAGCCUCUCAAACCUUCGUUCUCCAACGUCAAAACUAAGUUUGACAUUCGGCCCACAUGCAUAGGGCUGCUAUUUCACUACAGCCCUGUCUAUGCCCUAUACAUCCUGGUCUCCGGAAACAUAGACUCCGGUAGUAGGAACUCAAAAAAUACACCGUGACCCCGAUAUUCAAAAGGAUUCCUUGAGAAGGGAUUUCUUU